AUUAUAAGUACAUAUACAAACGUUUUCCUUUCUUUGUAUAAACACAAAUCAUCUAUAUAUCUUUUUCAAGAGAACACAUUAGACUUGAUAAGGAAAACAAAAAACAAAAAAUGGCGAUGAGAGGAAGAGGUGGUCGGGGUAAUCCCAGCCGUCCGCCAAGGUUGAUCACUGGUCGUGUGUACGAGCAGUUCAAGCCCAUGUCUGAAUGGAGACAAGAAGAUGAUUAUGACACUCUUCUUGUGUAUCUUCCUGGUUUCAUAAAGGAGUACAUCAGGGUUACAACUGAAGACAUGAACAUUGUUAGAGUUCGUGGGGAACGUUUGGUUACUGAAAACAAAUGGAGUCGGUUUCAAGAAGAUUAUAAAGUUCCCGAAAACUGUGAAAUGAGAGAUAUUCGUGCAAGAUUUGAUGGCGGAAUUUUAACAAUUACAAUGCCUCGAAAGAUGAUAAAUGUACCACCAGCUGCAGCACCCACAACAGCUACAACGACUCCAGUCCCCCCUAAAACGGAUGAACAGCCUUUCAGAAAGACUAGGCAAGAAGAAGCGCUACCCAAGCCUAAAGAAGAACCAAUCAAGGAAAAGAAACCGGUAGAUAAUAAGCCUCAAAGCAGUACUCCUUUGGAGGACAACAGUAAUUCGCCACCACAAUUAAUAAUGCCAACAUUUCAUCCAGAUAAUAAACCAACCAAACUAGCACCAAUAUCAACGCCUCGAAUGAAUCCUUUAGAAGACACUUUGUCACCGCAACAAAUGCCGACUUCUUCAUUUGCACCAAGCAAACAAGAGCCAUUGAAAACCACUACUUAUCCAAAAGCAAAAGCAGCAGAUGAGAAAUUUACAUUUGGAUUGUUACCUACAGCAAGUACUACUGUUCCAAAGAAAGACAAACACAAUGUUGUUGAGAAGCCGAAUGUUUCUGAAAAGGCGCAUUUGGAUGCAGGAAAAAGACUGGAAGACGAGGAGAUGAAAAGCAACUUCGUCAAGGGUAGUAGUGGACAAGCGAAUGAUGGUCGUGGCGGUUUCCAGGGAGAUAAAAUGGAGGAGAGAAAUAGCAAGGACGUUGUUGCGAGGAGAUCAAGGACAAUGAAUGAAGAUAGGAAAUUGUUGGUGAAUGUGGGUGUGGGUGUUCUGGUGAUUGUGGCACUUGGGAUUCAUGUGUCCUACACCAUUGGGCUCAUUGGCAAAGGAAAGUAAUUAAGGACUGGUGUAAUAAUUUGAUGUGGAUGUGUAUAUGUAAAUUAAUUUGGUAUUGCUUUAAUAAAUGACAAUAUUCCCUUUGAACUAAAUGAUUAAUUAAUCAUGUACU